AUGGCCUCCUCCACUCGCUCUACUCGCUCCAAGAAGCCCGUCCCCGAGGCCAGCGACGUCGACGAGUCUGCUCAGCUCGAGUCUUCGAACGCUCGCCCUCGCAAGAAGAACGACUCCUUCGCUCAGGAUAUGCUCCAAGCUCAUCACGAGGACUUCGUCGCCGAGGAGGCCGAGCGGGCUGCCGACGCUGACAAGCUGCGUUCAAGCACUCGCACGGCGAAGCUGAGGUCACAAGAGAAGAACAAGGCGAUAGCGUCGCAGGGCAAGCGCGCGCGGAAGGCCACUGCCGAGUCCGAGGAUGAACAGGAGCCGGCGAAGAAGAAGGGUCCUGCCGCCGCUGGCAGGAAGUCUGACGUCGACAAGAAGAACGCCGGCACCAAGGCCGGCACCAAGGCCGGCACCAAGGCCAGCACCAAGGCCGACACCAAGGACAAGAAGAACGCCGGCACCAAGGACAAGAAGAAGGCCGGCGGGAAGGGCAAGAAGAAGGCCGCCGACGAGGAGGACGAGGAGAUGGAUGACGACGACGGCGGCUCCAAGGCGGACGAUGAGGAGGACGACGAGGCUUUGUCCGAGCCCGACGAGACGUUCGUACCCUACACAGCCAAGCUGAAGGAGCAGAUCGAGGAGGCCGUACCGGUCGCCCUCGGCAACUCCGAGGUCAUCAACACUGCCGCCAAGCGCGCGAAGGAUACCCGUCGCAUCCCGGACGGGUCCGACUCCGACUCCGACAUGGGGGCGGACUCGAAGGCUGGUAGCGGUGAAGAGGCUGAACCGCCUAAAGCGUCAGCCAAGAAGACGGCGAAGAAGACGUCAGCAACGCCGCCCACUACCAAGACCGAUGCAAAGGGCAAAGGAAAGGAGAAGGCUGUCGAAGACGUAUCAGCCUCGCCGCCGCCUUCUGAGGUGCCCGCCGGAGACGUGCCGAUGGAGGUCGAGGAGACCAACCAGCCGGAGGACGACGAGGCCAACGAUCAGCAGGACAUGGAGAUCGACGAGCCGGCGCCAGCGCUGGAGGAUAUCGAGGACAUCGACCCCAUCAAUUCCGACGUACAGGGGAGCUACGGGUACGCGUCCCCUGCGGAGAUACGCGGGUUAAAGCUCGCGACUACCUUCCAACUCAACCGACCGUCAUCAAGCAAGCCGAAGACUCCAACGCCCGUCACCAAACUCAAGUUCCAACGCAUCUCCACCUCCGCGCCGUCUCGCGAGACGCAGCCUCAGCCGUCGGACGGCUCUUCUGAAGAGCAGGAGGAGGUCCAGGAAGUCGUACCGCCGCUGAAGUCCAAGAAGCAGCAGAAGCUACCUGCCACUCCGGCUGCCGCUCCCAAGCGCCGGGCUACUGUACGACUCGAGCCGGACUCAGAACCAUCGGGUGAUGAGGUCGUGCGGGUUCCCCCGCAACCCAAGAAGCGCAAACCGGCCGUGGUCGCGCCUGCGCAGGACGGACCGAUCGACCCCAAGCGCAUUAUUCCGACGGCGCGCAGGCGUAAGGGAGCUGCCCCCGACGAGGAGCGCUCUGCCUCCAAAGGUCAUAUCUGGUACUACCUCAAACCCGAGGAGGUCCAGGCACGGCAGACGCAGAUGUCCACCGUGCAGUACGCGCUCCUCAAGGAAGAGGCGAAGGAGCAUCACACGACGUGGCUGCCCUUCGCCGCGGACGGGCACUGCAGGUUGAAGACGGGCAUGGGCGUCGAGCUCUUCAACAAGCUCACGAACGCCAUGAACAAGCAGUACCCGGUCGAGCUCUUUACCUCCACAGCUGGCGCGUAUCCUACAUCCAACGACCACAAGCGGAUUUGCAGCGACGCCUUCACCAACGCGCUCAAGGACGACAACGAGAAGAUUCCGAAGAUCAUGGCGCGUUUCCGCUCGCAAAUCAAGUUCACCAAGGUCGUCACUGACAUGAUUUGCGAGAGACGCCACCAAGCCCGCGGGAAGGUCAUGACCAUGAGUCGCCACGCGCUCUUCAGCAUGUUCGAGCUUGGGCCACACGAGGGGAACCCGAAGAUCCUCAGGAAUGCGGUCGUCGAACUGCUGCGUGCCUCGAACUACCUCUUCCCCGGCAAGCUAGAGAUUCAGCCCGACCGUAAGUCGUUCAAGUACACAAUCGAACCUGAGGAUCGUGAGCGGGACUACUGUGGCGGCGCCAUCACGCAAAUCGCGGCCAUGUCCUUCUUCGGGCGCGCUAGUGAAGUCAAGGAUCGCAAGGGCAAGACCGUUCCCGGGUACGACUUCGAGGCCUCGGUGUUCCCCGAGGCGAGCUUCCUGCGCCGCUCUGCGGAUCCUGAGCAGGCCAGGCCCCGCGAAAUGCCCGUGGGCAUGCUGGCGAUUGUGGCGACCUCGGUCGAGCACGCCCUGAUGGAGUGGGAGGGCGGAUCGUACAGGGAAAUUACCCUGAUAUCCGACAACGUGAAGCACAAGUACGAGACUCACGCCCGCGUGCUGAACCAGAAAAAGCCGCGCGCGCGCUCUCUACUGCUACAGUACACGUACAAAUUGGCGAGGGAAUGGACUGUCCCCACGAUUGAGAUCACGGACGACGAACGCAGGGACAUCGGCACGUCCGAGGCCGAGGAGCUCUACCCCGAGUAG